CCUGAACUCUACAACAUACGCUGGGAUUCUGCAACCACUUACUGCCACUCAUCUUUUCCUAAUUAAUACUUAGCUUUCUCAUAAGGCUAUGGAAGCAAACUGUUCAAACAUGACACCCUUGAGCUCAGAUUCUGCAGAGAAGGAAAACACUGUAUGCAUUUUCGGAACAGGAGAUUAUGGACGAUCUCUUGGAUUUAAAAUGCUUCAGAGUGGCUUUUCGGUAAUAUAUGGAAGUCGAAAUCCCAGUUCUGCGAGUUUGCUGCCUAAAGGAGCGGAAGUAUUAAGCCACAGUGAAGCGGCAAGGAAAAGUCAGAUCAUCUUCGUGGCAGUUCAGAGAGACCAUUAUAGUUUUGUCACUAAGUUUAGUAAGGUCUUGGAAGGGAAAAUUUUAGUGGAUGUCAGCAACAAUCUCAAAAUAAACCAGUACUCGGAAUCAAAUGCAGAAUACCUUGCUCAGCUUGUGCCGGAUGCUAAGGUAGUAAAAGCAUUUAACACAGUGUCUGCCUGGGCCCUGCAGUCAGGUACAUUGGACGCCAGCAGGCAGGUUUUUGUAUGCUCUAAUGACAGCAAGGCAAAGCAUGCAGUUAUGGACAUUGUGCGUGCCCUUGGGCUUAUUCCACAUGAUCAUGGAUCUCUUGCGGCCUCUAAAGAGGUAGAAAAUUAUCCUCUGCAACUCUUCCCAACAUGGAGACUUCCCCUGUAUAUUUGCGCAGGCCUCACUGUCCUCAUAUUUCUUUAUUGUCUGAUAACUGACAUCAUCUACUCUGCUAUCACUGAAGAAAAAGAUAUAUCGUUCCGCAUUGCAAUUUCCAUCGCCAACAAGGUCUUCCCAAUAGUCUCGCUGAUACUGCUGGCUUUGGUUUAUAUUCCUGGAGUGUUUGCGGCAAUUAUUCAGUUAUACAGAGGAACCAAAUAUAAGCGUUUCCCUGACUGGCUCGAUCAAUGGAUGCUGUGCCGGAAACAGCUGGGACUGAUAGCGCUGUCUUAUGCGUUGCUGCAUGCAAUUUAUACACUUGUUAUUCCAAUUCGCUAUUAUGUCCGACACAGGAUAAACAGCAACAUCAUUACACAGAUAUUGAAAAAUGAGACCAGAACGUUUGAUAACACCCUUGCUUGGCGUACAGAUGCUUACAUUGCACUGGGAAUUCUGGGAUUCUUUUUCUAUGUCCUCUUGGGCAUAACAUCCUUACCAUCUGUAAGCAAUGCAGUCAACUGGAGAGAAUUUCGAUUUGUUCAGUCAAAACUUGGAUACCUCACCUUAGUGCUGUGCACAGGGCAUGCACUGAUUUUUGGAUGGGACAAGUUUCUCAGUUUCUCCAGAUACAGAUGGUAUCUUCCUCCGGCAUACACACUGUCCCUUGUUGUUCCUUGCACAGUGCUGGUCUUAAAGCUCAUUCUCAUCCUGCCGUGCCUGGACAGAAGAAUCACAAAAAUCCGACAAGGCUGGGAAAAGUCUUCGUCAGCUGGAAAAGAGUUUGAAAAUGGUGAUGUUCCUUUACAGACCAAAAUGUAGUAAUCCAAUUCUGCAAACAGACAAGCUGAGUGAGUGAGUGUACAGUACAAUCACAAUAAGUUGAUAUAGACUUGAUGGGGUGCUCUAUAAGAAGGUGCACCUUGUACUCAGCAGAUACAUAUUGUAGCAAAGUCUAGAAUACCUGUACAGUGUAUUAUUCUGCAUGACUAUUCUUCACAUUCAGCACAUUUACUGAGCAGUACUGUGACCCAGAAAAUAAAAUUAAUUUCCAGGCAGAGGGGUGGGGUUUUUUUUUUCGGCUCAGUUAGACUUCAGAACAGAGAUGGCCGCAUUUGCCAUUCUACACUAAUACAUUUUGUGCAUUAAAAGAAAAUUGUAAUUGUGUCUUUAUACUUUAUGAUAGCAUGCGUUUUCCAGUAUUCCUGAUUUUGGUUAUAUCAUUAUGUGCUUUCUAUUAAAGAGGUUUUCAAAA